AUGGACCGAGACAGCCGGGAGCUUCAAAUGCGCCAAAACACUGCCGUCAUUGAAAGCGUUGCCUUUUCCAUCGAAGAAGUAAGACGCAUCCUCAGUCAAAUAAACUCAAGGUCAAGGUCAAGGCGCGUAGCUCAAUUUUAGAGAUUAGUGCAGCUUUGAAUUUAUCUGGAUAUUCUUAAGCAAUUAAUGCCUGUUUUUUACUUGAGUCCCUUUUAAAAGUCGCCUUUCAAUAUAAGGUAAAAUUUUUCCCAGUUUUGUUUUACAAUCUGGCAAAAUAGUCGUAUUUUGUAAAAAAAAAACCUUUGUAGUGACUGAUUUCCCUACUAUCGCUUACUAGUUUUCGUAGUUAAAUGACAAUAUUACUUGCUAUUCAGUGCGUAUUUCCGCACGUUGGCAACGUUUUGAUCCUUCUUCUGUAACGAAAAACUUUUCUUGUCUGUAAUGCCCCGCAGAGCACGUGCUAAAAGGCGAAAGCUUGCGGCCUCCCACCGUCUCUGGGUGCUAAAAUCGUGACUGAAGACAUAGCAGGUGCCAGCGUAUGUUCUUCGCCGUCUGCAGAUCUGAUUAACUCAUAAAUCCUUUUAGGACAUGUAGAACCUCAUGACCCUUCAGUCGUCCAAAAAUACGCCUCUGCUAGUCGUAGCAGGCCAUCAGCCGGCGAAAUAGUCGAUCAGUUGAUUUAUGGAGACAUAAAUAGCACUUCUGAAAAAGUAAUUGAACAAGAUUUUAAACUUAUUGGGGUAAUCAGUUCGGAAACGGAGGAAAGAAUUAAGUGCAAGCAUAAUUUCGUACUGCGAAACAUUCCGAGCCACUUAUCUGCUAUGGAGGGAGCGCAUUUUUCCUACAAAAUUGUGGUUUGAGUUUCAGUGUCACACAAGCUAAGCGACUUCGCUCGGUUAGCCGUAAUGCACCGAUACUAGUUACCCUAUUCUCCAUGAUAGAAGUCGAUUUUAUCUUCUAACGUUAGAAAACGUGAAGCUUUCCCAUGGCAUCAUAAUAUCAAUUGUCACACCUAAAUAAUAUGCUCUAACCAAUCAACUCCUUGUUUUUUAAAAAUACAAAGGCAAAGUAAGAAAUGUCACUCGCUUAAAAUAACUCGGUAAUAUUACGUUUUAAUUUUUUAUGGAUAUAAGUGCAUUAUUUAAGCGAAUUUCAAAGUAUGUACAAGACAAAUGCCAAACGUAGAACUGCAAGUUCAUUGUUAUCCUUUUUGCAUAGUGCCGCUUCUCGAAUUUGGUGAGAAAUAUUUUUAAAAUUUUCUUAUAGGCGGGGCUAGAAUCCUUUCCUCUGUUUUGCCCAGAAGAAAUGCUUCGGCACUUGCAAAUUUGCAAUCCAUUAUUAGCAAAGAACUCGAGGGUGUCAAGGCUGCUGGAACCUGGAAGACAGAGCGAGUUAUCACUAGCAAGCAGGCUGCCGAUGUAACUGUUGCCGGAAGUAAGACGGGUGUGAUUAAUUUCUGUGCAAACAACUAUUUGGGACUUGCGGUAGGCAUGUGAUUUUUUAUGUGAUUUUUUGUUUUCAAGAGUCAUCCAAAGGUGAUCGAAAAGGCAAUGGAAUGUCUUAAAUCACAUGGCGCUGGAAUGAGUUCGGUUCGGUUUAUCUGUGGAACAACAGUAAGAUCGAACAAUAUUGAAAUUAAUAAGACUUCUCCAGGAUAUCCAUAAAGAAUUGGAGGAACAGAUUGCUCGGUUUCAUGGUCGCGAAGACUCCAUUUUGUUCCCCAGCUGCUUCGAUGCCAACGGGGCAAUUUUCGAAGCCCUGCUUCAGCCUGAGGACUGCGUAAUCUCCGAUGAGCUGAAUCACGCUUCUAUAAUCGAUGGAAUCAGACUUUGUCGCGCCAAGCGUCUUAGAUACAAGCAUGGUGAUAUGAACGAUUUGGAGCGCUGCUUAAAAGAAGCCAGUGAUUGCCGUACGAAACUGAUCGCAACUGAUGGCGUGUUCAGCAUGGACGGCAAUAUUGCCAAGCUUCCGUAUGUUUGACUUAAAAUAAGCUGUGCAUUCACCUUGAUCAUUUAAACUAACCAUUUACUCACCAAUUUUACUUUUCAGGAAAAUCUGCGAACUUGCAGAUCGCUAUGGUGCAGUAACAUUCAUGGAUGAAUGUCACGCUACUGGUUUCUUCGGGAAGACCGGCAGGUAUGGGCUUACUUUUUACCAAAAAAUCCCCGAAUUUUGAAGCUUUGCAGAUUUCGAAGCUUUGUUAUCUCCUUUGCAGAGGCACAGAAGAGUAUUAUGGCAUGCAGGGAAAGGUUCACAUUAUCAACUCCACUCUUGGCAAAGCCCUUGGUGGGGCUUCUGGUGGAUACACUACCGCAUCCAAGGAAAUCGUCAACCUUCUCCGCCAGCGUGGCAGACCUUAUCUGUUUUCCAACAGCCUUCCACCAGCCGUCGUUGGCGCCGCUUUGGGUGCGUUCCAGCUUCUCACAGAAAGCUCCGCUCUGCCAGAAAAACUGCACGGCAACAUUAAGAGAUUCCGUGACACAAUGACCGCCCGAGGAUUUACGCUAUCUGUGGGUUGCCAAUUCGGUCUUAUUAUUUAACCCCCGUUUAUUUACUACUUCAUACAGUCAUAUUUUAAAAUAUUUCGUUUGUUAAAUUGGCUCCUUACAGGGUGACUACGACCAUCCCAUUGCUCCUGUCAUGCUCGGUGACGCUCGAUUGGCCGCCACGUUUGCUGACGAAAUGCUCAGUAGGUUUCUGUCAAUUUUCAAGGUUCAUUGUUUGCUAUAAUUCAUUCAUGCUUGUCUAUUCUACUUUGACAAAAACACCCAGCAAAGAACAAUAUCCGGAUUUUAACAUUUGUAGAGCAAGGAAUCUACGUAAUUGGCUUCAGCUACCCAGUCGUACCAAAAGGAAAGGCACGCAUACGUGUGCAGAUAUCUGCGGCUCACUCUACUGAACAGAUCGACAAGGCUAUUGAGGCUUUCACAUCUGUUGGCAAGAAACUUAAUGUUAUUCACUAA